GCUUUGAACUCUUGAAACUCGUUUAGUCCCCUUCAUAUUCUUUCCAAGAAAUUGUCUAACACUUCACAAGAAACUUCCCUCUCUCUGUCCUUCUACUUUGUUUAUCUCACGCACUUGACCUGUUGAAACUCCACUGAAAAAUUCCAUUCACCCUUUUCUACUCCAUUCUACUUUGUUUAUCGCACGCAGUUGACCUGUUGAAACUCGUUUAGUUCCCUUCAUAUGCUUUCCAAGAAAUUCUCUAACACUCCACAAGAAACUUCCCUCUCUCUGUCGUUCACCGCACUCAGCUUGGUUUAUAUAACCCCGAUCGCGUUUGGGACUGCAUAUCCAUACUCUCUCUUCAAACUUAUGCAGAACAAGUCAUGGAGAUUUCUGUUCAGCACCAGUCUCAGCCUCCCGCCAUCAAAAUCCUCUGCGAUCUCAACGAGGAGUUUCAUCAGUAUCAACCGCCCACCAACAGAAUCCCCUUCGAUGUCAACAACAAAUUUAAUGUGUUUCUGAGCUUUCGCGGAAAAGAUGUGAGAAAAACUUUUGUCGACCAUCUUUACGAAUCUCUCUCUGGAGCGGGACUUAGGGUUUUCCUCGACAGCGAAGAACUGGAGAAGGGCAAAGACAUCGAUUCCAGCUUGCAAACGGCCAUUGAAACAAGUGAUGUUUUCAUUCCGAUAUUUUCCCAACACUAUGCAGAAUCACCUUGGUGUCUGAAGGAGGCGGCCCAAAUGUUGAGAUCUAAUGGCUUCAUCAUUCCUCUGUUUUAUGAUGUGGAGCCCUGUGAUGUUCGCUACCCUCAAAGAGAGGGAGGUCCAUUCGCCGAGGCAUUCAGAAAACAUGACAGCCAUUUAGAUCGGCAGGAUGAGACUACAAUCGAGGAAUGGAAGAAUGCUCUUUAUCAAAUCUCUUCUCUUUCUGGUUGGACAAGGGCGGAAGAAUUCGGAUACGAAGGAAGACUGGUAAAACGGGUUGUGAAAGACGUGUUGAAUACCUUAAAGUUUACUCCGCUGGAUGUCCCUGUUCAUCUUGUGGGAAUUGAAACGCAUAUGUGUGACCUGUUCAAUAGAUUAGAUCUCAGUUCGUCGCAUAACACAGUAAGAGUGAGAGUCAGCGGUAUAGGCGGCGUUGGUAAAACUACCUUGGCCAAGGCUGUUUACAAUAUAAUCUAUGCUAUUGCUAGGUUUGAUGCUUAUUUCUUUGCACAGAAAAAUAAUACUCUUGAAGACUUGCAACGGGCAAUUCUAAGAAGAUUGGUAAAUUACCAUGGAGAAGUUUCAAGUGUUGCUGAGGGAAAAGCUCUGAUGGAAAACCUAUUGCGAGGAGUUUGUGCCCUUGUCAUAUUGGAUGAUGUGAAUGAUCGGAGCCACUUGGAUGCAGUGAAUGGGAAUUGGUUUGGCCCUGGUAGCAGAAUCAUCAUUACAUCCCGAAACCGACACAUACUCAAUCUUGCCAAGGUUGAUUCAGUUCUUGAAAUGAGUGGGCUAGGGGAGGGUGAAGCUCGUCAAUUGUUUUGUUGGCAUGCUUUCUCGAGGGCAUUCGCGGAGAGCCCCUACAAACAACUUUCUACAAGAAUUGCAAAAGCCUGCCGGGGACAUCCUCUUGCAGCACAUUUGUUUGAUAAGAAGCAGCGGGACGACAUUCAAUGUUGGGAAGAAGCUCUGCACAACAUUGGGGAAAAUCAAGAAAUAUCUGGAGUCCUUCGAAUCAGUUAUGAUGGACUUAGCCAUGUUGAGAAGGAAAUAUUUCUGGAUAUAGCUUGGUGCUUUGCUGGUGAAGGGAAAAAUGACGCUGUUAUCUUCUGGGAACUUCUAUACCCAAACAGAGUUCAAACAGCCCUCAAGAACCUUUCGCUGAAAAUGCUUAUAGGUAUUAAUGGCAUUGGCUAUGAAACACACCUCAGUAUGCAUGACCUUUUGAGGGAAAUGGGAAGAGGAAUUCAAGAGCAGGUUGAUAAUAAUAGGAGACUGUGGCUGCCAAUGGGUGCACAAAGAAAUUUGAGCAGAGACAGAGCAGAGGGAGUGAAUAUGCUCAUUUACACAGGAGAGAAUGGAAGAGAGCCCGUUAGUGUGCAUAGAAUGCCUUCCCUACGCUACCUAGAUGUGAAAAAUACAAAAGUAGUGGGGAACAUUGGAAUCUUGGCGCCGAAUUUGUUAUGGAUAAAAAUAAGAAAUUGUGAAUUUGUAAGUGAUACGUAUUCAUGGUUAACAUUAAGAAACAGAUUCCAGCUGGAUAGCAAUUGGUCCCAAGUCAGGAUUUUAAGUGUAGAGCAGUGUGCAAGUCUUGCGAGAAUUCCAAAUACACUUGACAGCUUGGUGAACCUCCGACGCCUGUAUCUGCGGGAUUGCGUAGCUCUCACAACACUUCCAACCACUCUUGGUAACUUGUCACAAUUGGAAAAGUUAUAUUUGGGCGGCUGUACGAGUUUAACAAGCCUUCCUCAUACUGUGGGCAACUUGAAGCACCUAAAAUAUUUGGAAUUGCAAGGUUGUACAGGUCUAAGAAGCCUUCCUGAUACUGUGGGCAACUUGAGGCGGCUAGAAUAUUUGGAUUUGUCAGACUGUAGAGGUCUAAGGAAUCUCCCCAGCACUGUAGGUGAUUUAGCUCAUCUGAAAAGUUUGUUCUUGUUAAGAUGUACAGGGCUAAGGAAUCUCCCCAACACAAUAGGCGACCUGGCACAACUCUGGCAUUUGUUCAUCCGUGGUUGUUCAGCUUUACAGAGCCUUCGUUACCCGUUGGCCAAGUUACAAAAUCUAAGGUCAUUCCAUUUAUCAGAUUGGAGAGACAUAGAAAGCUUUCAUGAUGGGGCGCUGAAGUCAGCCCAGGUUAGGGAGUUAAACAGCAGAAGGGUCGGCAUAGGAAUCUUGGUUCAGAAGAAGUUUAAUGUCUACUUCAUUUACCACGCAGCAGAUGAAAAGGAAAUAUUGAUGUAUUAUUAUAAGUACAAAUACUUGCGCACCGGAUCACUUCGAAUAUGCCCAGGCAGUGUGGAUAGCGAUAGUAGUGACAUUAGGGAGGCAAUUGAUAACUCUGAUAUUCUUGUUCCUGUAUUUUCCAAAAGCUUUGCGGAGUCGAUUAUGUGCGUGAGAAUGUUCCCUUGGAGCUCAAAUGCCCUUGUUAUGCCUCUGCGCCUUCGCACCUAUACAUGGCACUGCUAUUACAAACUUCAUAAAACAAGGAGAGAGUUAAGAAGUCAAGGUGGUUCAGUAGAUGUUUUAGCUCCGACUACUAUGGAUGAAGCCUAUGAGAAAGCUGUUAGGCAAGAAAAAAAACUCCGUAAGGACAAUUCCAUUAGAGAUAAAAGCAGAAAGAAGAGUAAUUGGGGACAGUCAUCUCGGAAGUUCAACAAGAAGGGAGACAGAUAUGGAGUCAACAAUAAAAACAAUAAAAGGCACCAAGGAGGACAACAAAACAACCAUAGAGAGGGUAAGAGUUUUGAUAAACCCAUAAGGGACUAUGGUGGGAAUAGUAGCAAAUCAGAAAAGAAGGGACCACCAGGGGGUUGUUUUAAUUGGGUUGGUAAUCACUAUGCCAACCAGUACCCAACUAAACCACCAGGAGCGCAACAUCAGAGGAACCCACUGCCACCUCAACAGGCAGUUUUUCAACAAAGAAUUCAUGCAGUGGUUGAUAACCGCCAAGUUGAGUACCAGUUCACACCAGUAGAGACUCUAGGUACUUUAUAUGGUAUACCCAUUAAUAUACUCAUUGAUACAGGUGCUACUGAAAAUUUCAUUUUGCCAAAAUUGCUUAGUAGAUUUCCUAGGAGAGAUAGUUUUAUGGUUAAUUCAUGGACAGUAGAAUAUGCCAACCAGUCAAGAGCUAAGAAAAAUAGUACUCUUGUAGACUUGCAACGGGCAAUUCUAAGAAGAUUGGUAAAUUACCAUGGAGAAGCUUCAAGUGUUGCUGAGGGAAAAGCACUGAUGGAAAACCUAUUACAAGGAGUUCGUGCCCUUGUCAUAUUGGAUGAUGUGACUGAUCGGAGCCACUUGGAUGAAGUGAAUGGGGAUUGGUUCGGGCCUGGUAGCAGAAUCAUCAUUACAUCCCGAAAUCGACACAUACUCAAUUUUGCUGAGGUUGAUUCAGCUCUGGAAAUGACUGGGCUAGGGGAAUAUGAUGCUCUUCAAUUGUUUUGUUGGCCUGCUUUCUCAAGGCCAUUCGCGAAGACCCCCUACAAAAAUAUUUCUACAAGAAUUGCAAGAGCUUGCUGGGGGCAUCCUCUUUCAUUACAAGUUAUUGGAGCCCAUUUGUUUGAUAAGAAGGAGCAGGACGACAUUCAAUGUUGGGAAGAAGCUCUCCAUAACAUUGGGAAAAAUCAAGAAAUAUCCGGAGUCCUUCGAAUCAGUUAUGACGGACUUAGCCAUGUUGAGAAGGAAAUAUUUUUAGAUAUAGCUUGUUGCUUUGCUGGUGAAAGGAAACAUGACGCUGUUAUCUUCUGGGAAGUUUUAUACCCAAACAGAGUUCAAACAGCCCUCAAAAAUCUUAUGCUGAAAAUGCUUAUAAACUACAGUGGCACUCCAGAUCUCCUCAAUAUGCAUGACCUUUUGCGGGAAAUGGGAAGAGGGAUUCAAGAGCAGGUUGGUAACAAUAGCAGACUGUGGCUGCCUACGGGUGUACACAGAACUUUCAGCAGAGACAGAGCAGAGGGAGUGAAUAUGCUUGUUUACACAGGACAGAAUGGAAGAGAGCCCCUUAGCUUGCACAAAAUGCCUUCCCUACGCUACCUUGUUGUGCAAAAUACAAAAGUAGUGGACAACAUUGGAAAUUUAGCUCCAAAUUUGUUAUGGAUAAAAAUUAGAAAUUGUGAAUUAAAUGAUACGUAUACAUGGUUAAGAUUAAGAAACAGAUUCCAGCUAGAUAGUAGUUGGUCCCAAGUGAGGAUUUUAAGUAUAGAGCAGUGUGCAAGUCUUACGAGAAUCCCAAAUACCCUGGACAGCUUGGUGAACCUCCAAUGCUUGAAUCUAGAGAAUUGUGUAGCUCUCACAACACUUCCAAACACCCUUGGUAACUUGUCACAAUUGAAGGAGUUACAUGUUCGCAACUGUACCAAUUUAACAAGCCUUCCGGAUACUGUGGGCAAUCUCAUGCAGCUAGAAAUGUUGGAGCUGAGAGCAUGUACAGUUCUACACAGCCUUCCCAGCACACUAGGUAAUUUAGCUCGACUAAGAAAGCUGCGCUUGAAAUAUUGCACAGGGUUAAGGUAUCUUCGCAACACAAUAGGCGACUUGGCACAACUCCAACAUUUGUCCAUGCGUGGUUGUUCAGGUUUACAGAGCCUUCGUUACCCUUUGGGCAAGCUACAAAAUCUAAAGAGAUUGCAUUUAUCAGAUUGGAAAGACCUACAAAGCUUUCAUGAUGGGGUUGUCAAGUUAGCCCAGCUUAGGGAGUUAAACAGGUAA